GUGAGAUUUUUUCCUUGCUUAGAUGGUGGUGUAAGUGCCACUUUCAACCCCUACCCGAAAAUGUCGGGCGAUGUCCAACCCCGGAAAAGAAAAGACAACAAAAAGAAAGGAAAAAAUGAAGGGGACGGAUUCGCAGCCUCAAACGAAGACCUGAACAUCCAUAUUUAUAAAGAUGGAGCCACGGGGGGAAACAUCUGCGCCAAAAUUGUAUUUUUCUUCCUUCUUUCUGCCUUGGCCGUCCUUAUUGGUCUAAUUAUCAAAGAAAACGAGGGACUCAAUGAGCUUGAAAGUCUAGAACAAGAAUCGCGAUAUGCUCAGAUAUUCGAAAAUUGGAUUGAUGAAAACCCAGAGGACCAUUCUCCUGAAUUACACGAGCACGAUGAAGACGACAAUCAUGAAGAGGAGGAUGGUGUAUCUGACGAAAGUAAUGUAGAAGAAUCAGAGGAAGACCAAUCUCAAGAAGUAGAUGACGCAGAUGUCACUGAAGAGGAACAAUCUCAAGAAGAUGAUGAAGAGGAAGAACAAGAAGACUCAACACAAAGAUCUGAAGAAGAAGAUUCAUUACCUAGAUCUGAUGAAGCGACUGAAGAAUCUGAAGAAGUACCUCAAUCAGAAGAAGAUGAAACUGUUGAUGACAAAACAGAAGAAGAAUCUGAUGAACAGGAAGUAGACAAAUCUGAACAAAUAGACGAGACAGCAGAUGAUGAAAGUGAAAAAACAGAAUUAAAGCAUAAAGGUAAAUCGGAUGAGGAAGAUAACGACAAUGAAGAUCUUACAUCAAAAGAAUAUAUUGAGAAGAGGCUAGAAGAUGAGCAAUUUGAAAAGGAACAAGAUGAGGUUGCUCCAGAAAAACAAGAUGGCGACUCCGAAAAUAAGGAAUCAUCUGGCAAUGUCAAUGUGGGUGAAGAACCUGAAUCAGAAUCAGACAAGGAAGAUUACGAACAAUCGAAUAUCACUAAUGAAGCUGAUUUUGCAAUUAAGGAAGAUAUAGAUGCUGCACAAGAGCAGCUCCAUAAGAGUGCCGCUUACGCUAACAAAAUGUUUGAGGCGCUUCUUGAAAAAAAUCCCCUUUCCCCUCGAUUACUUUAUGGAAGAGCCAAGGCGCUGGAUAUAUUGGCCGAAGAAAAAAAGAGCAAUGAGUUACUGAAACAAUCCUUAAGUUUCUACGCACAGGCUUUAAGCGUACCUGAUGUUCCUGAUCAGUUGAUUAUCAAGAUUGCUGAACGAUACAUUGACAGGGCUCGCUUUAUUGGGCAAUACCAGAAAGCUAUUGCGGCGCAUUUGAAACUAAUUGAAAGAUUUCCUGAAAAUGCUACUUAUUUAAACAACUUAGCAGUGACAUAUCUAACAAUUAAUCUUGUCGAAGAAGCAAGAUCUACAUUAAAAAAAGUUUUAUCGAAAUGGCCAAACGAUGGAUUUGCUUUGGUGCAUUAUGGAUUUAUUUUAAAAACGGCUGAUAAUAAUUUAGAAGAUUCCAUCCACUAUAUGAGCCAAGGUUUACAAACCAAAGCACCUGGUGUGGUCGAUGGCAGAUUUUACUUUCAAUUAGGCGAUGCGCUUACCCGUCUCAACAGAAAUGAUGAAGCAAUCAAAUUAUACGAAGAAGGCGUUCAACAAGGAUUAUUUAAAUCAAAAUUUCAAAGAUCACUUUACAAUGUAGACAGGUUAACUGCAAAGCCUUGGUGGGAAUCCAAAGACCUACCAUCCUACCAAAAACUAUUUGCGGCCUUGAAAGAAAAUUGGCAACAAAUUAGACACGAAGGUCUUGCAGCAUUAAACGAAAAAGGAUACUUUCGAGACGAAGCUGAAAAUUUAAAAGACACUGGCACCUGGAAGCAAUUAGAGUUAUUUGCCAGAGGACAAAAGUUUUCCAAAAAUUGCGCAAGGAGUCCUGUAACUUGUGGUAUUAUCCAAAAUUUUGUAGAUGCUAGCGGCUGUAGGAGAGGCCAAAGUAAAUUUAGCGUUAUGCAUCCUGGAACACAUGUGUGGCCCCAUUGCGGACCCACUAAUUGUAGACUGAGAGUACAUUUGGGGCUUAAAGUACCUUCAAAUACUUUCAUUAGAGUUGCAGAAGAAACAAGGAGUUGGACAGAAGGUGAUAUAAUAAUCUUUGACGAUAGCUUUGAACAUGAAGUGUGGCACAAUGGGACUGAAUUUAGGCUUGUGCUAAUUGUGGACGUUUGGCAUCCAAAUUUGACUCCCACAGAAAAGAAAACUCUUUCAUCUAUCUAACUACUAGUAGUUAUAAGCAAUUUUUUUGUACAAACUUUAUUUUUGUUCUAUGUAUAUAUUCUAAUAGAAAAUAAAAAAAUAUCGUUUUUUAAAGAAGCAUACAAUAAAUUAAUAACGUAUUUUAAAUAAUGAAACAGCUAUUCCACAAAUUAACAAAGGCAAUAAAAUCCAAAAAGGGAUCAGUACAUGUAUAACUUCCAACUCAAGCGAUUUAUAUUCUAACUUUAAACAUAACAUAAUUUGUCCAGCAAUUAAAAAAAUAACUAUCAAAAACGAAAGCAUAUUCUUAUUUUUGAAGACAUCUCUAAAUCGUUCGUGAAAAAAAGAAGCUAUAAUAUGGAAUAAUGACUCGACAAGUAAUACUAGGUCAUAUAUCCACAUGGGUAGGAAAAUUAAGAACCAGUUCCAGUGUGUCCUCGCCUCUAGCCUCAGACAUAGUAGGAUUAAAAAUACUAGGAGAAUGAACCAGGUGAAUAGAGCCUUAUGCAUCACCAUGUUGAGUGCCUUCAGUGACCUGGAACUAAGAUAUUUAUGUUAGUCUGAUGUGGUUUCUGAACAGGAUCUUAUACAAAUUGCUUAGGUACAUAUUUUUUUCAUUAUAAUUAAGAUGGGUUUAUGAAUAAAUAAUGAACCAAAUUUUUUGUGAGAGUCCCUUAAGUGUUUAAACAAAAAAUAACAAAUAACAUUAACAUAACAGCAAAAGGAUAACCUUUUGGUCCUACAAUAUGCUGCUCAAACUUAA